AUGUCUGAAGCUUUUUCAUCCCCAUCCCCGCUCCUCACCCCCACCCCCAAGGUGGUUUUUCGGGGUGCCGCUCAUAGCUCUGAGCGAGGCAGGUCUUUUUUCUGCGCUAGCACUUGCGUGGAUCUGGAGCUUCCACCAGAAGAGGCUGAGAAAAGGAGAGCAGAAGAGGAUGCAGGAACAAAGGGUCUUUGGGGAAUCCAAAAUGGAUGCUAUCUGUGGACCUGUGGAGUCGGCAAUAGAGGCAAAUGUUGUGGGAUGUCUACCACCUGGAAGCUCAAUAGUUACCGACUGGAUCAGAAGUGGCAUGGUAAAAGGUACAAGAAAGCCCAUUUGGGCACAGCCCUGAAGACCAGCCCUUUUGGAGAUGAUUCUCAUCCAAAGGGAACUGGGCUGGAAAAAGUAGGGGUUGGAGCCUAAUAGCCCAACUCUGCCACUGGGAAGUGUGCCAGGGUCCAGCUGAUCAAGAACAGCAAGGAAAUCACAGCCUUUGUACCUGAUGAUGGUGGCUUGAACUUUAUUGAAAAAAACUAUGAAGUUCUGAUUGCUGGAUUUGGUGGGAAAGAUCCUGCUGUUGGUGAUAUUCCUGGAGUCCACCUUAAAGCUGUUCAAGUAACCAGUGUCUCUCUUUUGGCUCUAUCAAAAGCAAGGAGGAAAGACCAAGAACGUCAGUUUUAAUGGUGAAAACCCGAUAGUAAUAAGUUUUCAUUUGCCAAAAAAAGUUGUUUUUAAAUGUCCUUUCUUUUUUAAAAUUAUAAUAAGGACAGAUGAUAGUUUUCACGGCUAUUUGUUUUAUGAAUUUCCUAACUUGGCAAAAUGAAAGGUUGGCAACCCUAUACUAGUAACCAGCUUUUUUGAUGUUAUUAGAGACAGAAUCUUGCUCUGUUAACUAGGGUGGAGUGUGGUGGCAUGA